AGAUUUAGUUAUAAUAGAGACUAAACAAGAUGCUUACUGAAUAAGGUGGGAUCCAACAAGAGUGUAGUAUAGAAUGCAAUAAUUUAUGAAUUACUCGUUUCUGAGGGAGCUCAACAGAACAACACUUAAUGAAGAAAGGUAAAGGUUUAAUCACCUGGUACGUUUGUGAUUCUUGAUGAUUAAUUACUUAAAGAUUAAUACAUUUGAAAUUCACCAGCCUUAGAAAUGGAAGAAAGUGAUGAACCUGAUCAGGCUAUCUCAGCAGGGAGGCAAGAAAUUAGAAAGAGAAGACGACUCAGCCAACCAAUGGUAGACAAAUCCCAGCAGACUGACAUGACAGAGAAAAAGAAACACAGAGAAAAAGAAACAGAGAAAAAGACAGAGAAAAAGAAACACCCGGCCACACCACAAUCAUCUGGCCCCAAAGCUACCCAUAGCAUUGGUAAUAUUCCUGGAAGCAAAGGCAACUACUCUGCCAAAGACUAUGAGCCUCUUAGAGUAUCUUCUCAACUUCAGCAAACUUGGACAAAGAGAAAGCAUGGACAGGAAAUGAGUGAUAAAUCUCUGCAGACAGUCCCUAGUGUAUUAGAGAAAAAAGAAAUCAAGUUAAUUGAUGAAACAAUGAUACCUGAAGAAAAGCCAGCUGGUGUUGGAGAAGCAGCCACUGAAUUGCCAGAGUGUAUUCAGGAAGUAGAAAUUCCACCACAUAGACACUCAAUUCAACUAACAAUGGAUAGAUCUCAGCAGACCAGUUGUACUGGAGACUGGACCAUGAUGAAUAUGCCCCCAAAAGAAAAAGUGGACAAGGGACAGCAGACAAACUUUAGUGAAUCAAAAAUAGUGGAUACUUACAGGCCAGGUAGUUCUUUUUCAAACUCAAUGGAAGGUGUCCAGAAACGUAAAUCUUCAGGAAAGAUUUUUGUUAGUGAACAGCCUGAAUUUCAACCAGCAACAUGUAGCAAUGAAGAAAUUAUGCAGAAAAGUAUCAGCGGAUCUUCAUUAACUCAGGAAACCACAAAAGGUUCUCCAGUAGAAGAUGAGCUUAGGCAAGAGGUUGUAGAAGAGGGUUCUGUUGAUAAAAAGGAGGCUUCUGCUGAAAUAGAGCCUCCAGCAACAGCAGAAGUCCCUACUGAAGUGCAGCCUUCACCAACUGAAGAGGCCACUGCAGAAGUAGAGCCCAGCCCUGCUGAGGAGACUCCUGUCCAAGUACAGACUCCAACUGAAGAAACUCCUGCUGAAGUUCAGCCUCCACCAGCUGAAGUGGCUUUUUCAGAAGAACCUCCUGAUGAACUAAAGCCCCAACCAGGUGAAGAGAUUCCUUCAACAGAGCCUCCUGCUGAAAUUCAGCCUCCCCUAGCAGAAGAGGUUCCUGUUGAAGUACUGCUCCCUCAAGUUGAGGAGGGGCUUGGUGAGGCCUCAGAUAAAGUAGAGCAUAUCACUGCUGAAGAGAUCCCUGCUAACGUUCAGCCUCCAUCAGCUGAAGAGACCAUGGCAGAAGAGGCCUCUGAUGAUAUUCAGGUUUUAGCAGCUACUGAGGCUCCUUCAGAAGCAGCCCCUGAUGAAGUCCAGUCUCCACUAGCGGAGGAGGCCCCUGCAGAAGAGGUCCCUGCUGAGAUUCAGCCUCCACCAGCUGAGGAGGCACCUGUAGAAGAUGCUUCUGUGGAGAUUCAGCCUCCAUCAACUGAGGAGGCCCCUGCAGAAGAGGUCCCUGCUGAGAUUCAGCCUCCACCAGCUGAGGAGCCACCUGUAGAAGAUGCUUCUGUGGAGAUUCAGCCUCCAUCAACUGAGGAGGCCCCUGCAGAAGAGGUCCCUGCUGAGAUUCAGCCUCCACCAGCUGAGGAGGUACCUGUAGAAGAUGCCUCUGUGGAGAUUCAGCCUCCAUCAACUGAGGAGGCCCCUGCAGAAGAGGUCCCUGCUGAGAUUCAGCCUCCACCAGCUGAGGAGGCACCUGUAGAAGAUGCCUCUGUGGAGAUUCAGCCUCCAUCAACUGAGGAGGCUCCUACAGAAGAGACCACUCCUGAAGUUCAGUUUCCACAAGAUGUUGAGGCUCCUACAGAAGAGACCACUCCUGAAGUUCAGUUUCCAUCAGAUGAUGAGGCGCCUAUAAAAGAGACUCCUGCUGAAGUUCCAGUUCCACCAGCUGAGGAGGCUUCUACAGAAGAGACCCCUCCUGAAGUUUAGAUUCUACCAGCUGAGGAUACCCCUAUUGAAGAUGCCCCCGUUUACAAACAUCCUCCACUAGCUGAUUUGCUUCCUGUGGAAGACUUUUCUAUACAAGAGAUUUCUGCUGAAGUUUCACCUCUAAGAGAGAAUGUGUUUACUGAACUUCAAUCACCCCAAGUAGGGGGCAUCCCAGUAAAACUAGGGUCAGUUGACUUGAAAGAUGAUACAAAAUUUCAAGAGGUUUUAAAAACAGAUUCUGUUCCAGAAGAUUUGGCUAAUACCAAAAAUGGACAGGCUCCCACUCUUGAAAUAGAGGGUGUCAUUAAUACAGAAUGAAAAAAGACUUCCUCCUGAACUGUAGUCAGGUCCCACCUAAGAUGGCAAUUAAAAACUAGGUGGUUCUGGAAGUACACAUUUAAGAAAAGGGUAGGCAUCUGGAAGUAGCUUUGUAAAUAGGGUAAACAAAAAGGAACUUCAAGACUUGUAGUGCAGGCUGGAACAUGAACAAUAAAAACUGUAGCAGUUUAAAAGCA